AUGGUAUUGUGGUCACUGCUUUCUGUAUUAUGGUAUUUCUGCUCACUUUCAUUUGGUAAGGUGGGGCUUCCUGUCUACUCUGGCUUGGGAUUCAGAUUUGUGCUGUUACUUGUUAUAGCAUUGCUGAAUUGGAUGGAAGAAAGAAUGCAUCCCUUUAAUCAAGUAAAUGCUCAGAUCCUUGAAAUUCUUUUGAGCUCCAGAAAGUUGGACGGUUUGCCUCGUGGCAUAAUACAAGCUAGGUCGGAUUUAGAGCUGAGGCCUUUAUGGCUGACUAGUUCAAAGUUAACGGUUGAUUAUAGCAAUCGCAAUUUACUGGCUAUUGCAGCUGGUAUUAAGCAGAAACAUAGUGUUGAUGAUAUUGUGCAAAAGUUUCUUCCAGAAAACUUUACGAUUAUACUAUUCCAUUAUGAUGGGAAUGUUAAAGGGUGGUGGGAUCUUGAGUGGAGUAAUCAGGCCAUACACAUAGUUGCCCACAACCAAACAAAGUGGUGGUUUGCAAAACGAUUUCCACAUCCAGAUGUUGUGUCCAUUUAUGAUUACAUAUUCCUUUGGGAUGAAGAUUUGGGGGUUGAGGAUUUUAACCCCCAGCAAGGUACCUUGAAAUUGUAAGAGAAGCAGGACUGGAGAUAUCUCAGCCAGCUUUGCAUCCAAAUUCAUCUGAUUUACAUCAUAGAAUUACAGUUUGUGCU